UCUUCUGUGGACAUAGAGAGCUGAACCGGGAGGGGACAUAUUGCAGAUUACUCUCCAAGAGAACAAUGAGUCUUCCACCGCAACUUGAUGUUAUGAGCUUAUAUUAGGUUUUGCGGAGGAUUUGCAAGGGCAGCGCAUCUAUGGGUGAAAUGAGGACGACCGUCGUUUGCCGUGGAAGAUGAUGUCCCACAAUGAGCGCAGAUCUUCCUUCUACAGUCCCUCGACCAAAGGUCUGCAAUCGUCUCACUAUCAAAGUGCACUCCAAGCUAAUGCCAAGGCCUGGCACCACUGUCCAUUGCUCAAAACCUCCUGUCCCCCCAAAGCCCAGACCACCAUAUCAGCCUAACCCGCAUAUAGAGUCCUGUCCUCAACAGAACUUCAGUAAUGGAGAACUGACUCAGCCAAAUCUGGAGACAGGUGAUCUCCGUGAUAUGGCUAAGGAUAAUCAUAACAAUGAGGAGCAAAAAGAACAGGGUGGGGUUAGUGACAACAGCCCAGGAGGGAACAACAAAGAGGACACAACAGAAACUGUGGCGGGAACUAAAAAAGAAACAAUCCUUUUGGAUGAUGAUGGUGAUGGGGAUAGCGUGAGCUCUGAUGAAACAGUCACAGCUAAUGAUUUUAUUGACACUAUUGAGGAUGAAAUCACUGAAUAUGACCUCAUCCAGCCUGAAGGUGGCAACCACACUGAUAAUGAGAAUACAUUAUCUUCACUUCCUUCAACUAAACCACAGGAUGAAGCAGAGCAGGAGGAAAUAAAGGAACAUACUUCUACAGAAAGGACUAAAAUAUGCUGUGUCCCUCCUGAAAGCUCACGCGAACAUGUCAAAGAACAAACACUUGAUCAAACACAAUCAUUCAGCUGUGGUGAUAAGAAGAGUGAUCACAAACUUAAUGAAGCAGGCUGUGAGCACUUGCUCACAAAUGAGAGUGAGUUUGUAGCUAGUGGAUUUACACUUGGAUACAGCAUUCUUCCAACUGUAACUGAGGAGUAUCCCUAUGAUAUGAUUGGACCCAAAGAUGAUGCUAGUGAUACAUGUGAAUCAUGUGACACAGUUGAAACCGGGGAUGCAGAGGUGUGGCAACCAGAACGAGCCACAAAGGACCCCUCUGGUUGUUUUCGUUUCACAUCCAGCACAGAGGAUGUAUUUGAGCCUUAUGCUGUCAUAGAAGCUCUUCCAGAAAAUAUGCACAGCACAGCUGAUCCUGAAUGGAGUCCAGAUUAUGUUGACGAUGAUGACAAAAUGUUAGCUGCAAAUGAAGCUCAAACAGGAGGUGCCUCUAACCAGGAUCCUUACUAUGUGUCAUCAGACGAUGUGGACAAAUUGGACGACAAGCAAACCCUCUCAGAACUGCAUCGUGUUGAGGAGGGCAUUGAACAGUCUACUGAUCAAAAAGAAAAGUCAAAUUACAAUGACUCAGCAGAUGAGUAUGCAGACAUUGACGAUUCAUUCUGCCCAAAAGGAGAGGACCUUGAGCAAUCAGGAUGUAUCUCAUCAGAAGAUUAUGUUGAGAUUGGUGAUGAUGAUGAUGAAGAGGAGGAGGAGAAGGAAAAGAAACAUAUAAGAGUAAAAAGUGCAAAAGAGAGGACAGCUAAACGAGAGCAGUCCUUAGACAGCCAGAGAAGAAGCUGCCAGCCUCGCCUCAGGUUAUGCAACAUCACUGUGCCUGCAGAUCUAGACCAGGGCCGUACCCCAGAGCUGACCAACAGGGUGGUAUUUGCUCACACCACUGAGGCCUUUGAAGAAGACAUUGAAGAACUGGACUGCCAUAUUGUGCCUUACUAUGAAGACACAGACUCAGACAGUGAAGAGCAUAUAUAUGAAGAGGCAGGGUUUGAAUCAGAAGGGGAGAAUUUUGCAACGUUUGAUCUGAAGACUAUUGUCACUCGAUCACGAUCCUAUUCUGGGAAAAUUCCGGGCUAUGUGCCAGAAACUGUACCAGAGGAAACAGGGACAGAAUACCAGACUCAAGACUACUGCACUGUAGACUUGGAUAAGAACAGUGAACCUCUUAACCACUUACAACAGCAAGGAGUCAAUUAUGGGAUUCCAGGUAUGAAGUCCCAGAGCUUCAUGUUAUACUCUCGACCAACAGAAAGUCCAGAUUUAUCCUUGAAACCUUCAAUAGAGAAUGACCAAUCACCAAAGGAUCUGAUCAGGAUAAAGAGGAAGAAUGAUACCCUUUCUCUUCCAUGUGUAAUAACAUCUUCUGGAAGCUUCUCUCAGCGUAGCCAUCAGUCCUCCAGUGGCGUUUCCACACCAACUUCUCUAGUGGACAUACCUCCACCUUUUGAGCUAGCAUACAUCACCAAAAGACCAGUCACCAAGAGUUCACCAUCCCUCCUGAUCCAGCAUGAACCCAGUGAGUUACCCAAAAAGAAGAAGUCCUCAUUCAAGCGCUUUUUGGGUCUCAAGUUCAAGAAGAAGACAGAAUCAAAGGGUUUCGGUGAUGGGAGUGUCCGUUCCUCACGCUCUUCCUCUGAGUCCAGCCACCAUGGUCCAUUGAGAGUUGUAGAGCUUGAUCAUAGAAGCACUGGCAGCUCUCCUCAGCUUCAGUCUUGCAUUGUGAACCCUCCACAGCAUCCUUCAGACCUGCCAUCCUCAUUUUUAGUCUAUAAAGACCACCACAGGAGGAAAGGUGACCCCAAAGCUUAUGCCAGAAGCGUUUCCAGAGUGGAGUCCUUUGAGGAUCGAUCUCGUCGCUCUAUCAUGCCACUGCCUUUGACCAAACCUCGCUCCAUCUCCUUCCCCAGCGCAGAUACCUCAGACUAUGAAAACAUCCCAGCCAUGAGCUCAGACUAUGAAAACAUCCAGAUUGCAGGAAGACCCACCAGAUCCCACACCGUUACAGAGUUUUUUGAAAAUCCAAACCGUACAACAGUUCCCAGCAAUGAGAAUGAUGGUUAUGUGGAUAUGAACAGUUUUCCUGGGAUUGACAGCAAGUGCCAGCCAUCAAAAGCAGACACUGAAAGUGCGUAUACUGAGCCUUUCCCCAUGAACCCCAUCACUGCUGGGGAGUCUGUGGAUGAGGACCACGGCCGUACUUCAGAGGAGGAAGAUGGGAUUGUGGAGCAAAGUUAUGACCGACAGAUUGAUGGUCAAUCACGAGCGUUUUACAUUGCCAAAGAGCUCAUAGACUCAGAGAGACUGCAUGUCAGUCGCCUCAAACACAUCGAGGAGGACUUCCGGUCAUCGGUGAUGGAGACGGUGGAUGAGGAAGGGGAACUGGUGCUGGAUGAGCAGAGACUGGGAGAGAUACUGGGUGUGCUCCCACAGGUCUACGACUUCCACAGCAAAAUCUUAAUUGAACUGGAAGAGCGCAUUAGUCAAUGGGAAGAGAGCCAGAGGAUGGUGGAUGUGAUCUUGCAACACAGUGACAGUUUUAAGGUUUUUGAGACUUACAUCUCUGAGUAUGAUCGCAAUAUGUCAUUACUGGAGGAGAGCUGCAGAAACAACCCAGCUUUUGCCAGCAUCAUCCAAAAAUUUGAGACAAGAGGCCCAGAUGAAACUGAAGUCCCGCUGAAACACCAACUGCUACAGGUUAUAGUGAGAGUACUUCAAUAUCGAAUGCUACUCACAGAUUACCUGAACAACCUCUCCCCUGAUUCUAAAGAAUACGAGGACACUCAGGCUGCCUUAGUGAUUGUGUCAGAAGUGGCAGACCAGACCAAUGACAAUCUGAAACAGGGGGAAAAUCUGUUGCGUCUUGUCCACAUAGAGUACAGCAUUGAAGGGAAGAGGGACCUUCUGAAGCCUGGAAGGAUAUUUGUCAAAGAGGGCACCAUCAUGAAAGUCUCAAAGAAGAGUCGACAGCCACGACACCUGUUUCUGAUGAAUGAUAUAAUGCUGUACACAUACCCUCAGCAGGAUGGGAAAUACAGACUUAAAAACACACUGACCCUGUCAGGGAUGAAGGUGAGCAAACCCAUACUGGACAACAUGCAAAACUGUCUUCGCAUUGAGGUGUCUGACAUCACUAUUACUCUGACUGCCAGUUCGGUUGGAGAACGGGAGGACUGGUUCCACACAUUAAGUCGAGCGAUUGCAGACCACGCUGCAGGACUCUGCACAUUCGGUGAACCCUGCAGUGAGGCCCGUGAGAAACUGUGGAUGGCCCUGGGAGAAGCUGCACCGGUGCUGGUGCCAGUUUCUCACGUACUGAUGUGCAUGAACUGCACAUCUGACUUCAGUCUCACGCUCAGACGACACCACUGCAAUGCCUGUGGCAAGGUGGUGUGCAGAGCUUGUUCCAGAAACAGAUUCCCUCUGAAGUACCUCAAAGACAGGAUGGCCAAAGUGUGUGACCACUGCUAUGAAGAGCUCAGGAAAAGAGGUGGCAGUAUACCAGGAGGAUGUGAUAACGCCAGCCUUCGGGCUCACCGGGCCAGUCGUCCCUUGUCCACCGUCUUCCAGAACUUGCAGCCCCCCAGUUUGUGGAAGUCCAGGAAGAGUUCUUCAAGUCUCAGCCAGGUGUCGUUUGGUGUAGAGGGCUCCACCAUGAGCGGGAGCCUGCAGCGACGUAAGAAGAGCAAAAGAAAGUGGAAGAGACUGUGGUUCCUCCUCAAAGAUAAGGUGCUCUACACCUUCACAGCCCGUGAGGAGAAAGUGGCUUCAGAAAGCCUACCGCUGCAAGGCUUUACUGUGAAGCUGACUGAGAGGCCCGAGGGAGAAGAAAGUAGUAAUAUAUUUCAUUUAUACCACAAAAGAAUGCUCUACUACACCUUCAGAGCGGAUGAUCAACACAGUGCACGCAGAUGGGUCAAAGCCAUGGAAGAGGCUACAGUUUUAUAGCACCUGCUCAAUGAAAUGAAUAAACCUUGCUAUGGCUGCUAGAACUCUUCCAUUGAACUCCUCUGCACAACUAAACUACCUGCUGCAACUGGACUCAGAACAUCUAUGAAGAUUCUCACAUCUGGCCCAUAAAGUCACCUAUGGAUUCUUGGAGAAGCUGCCAACCUAAAGCAGAUAAGUGGAAGAGAUGCGGUCAGAAAGAUGUUACUGGACACAUUGAAAUGAUCAGCAGGAUCCUCUCACACAAAUGACCCGCAGGAGACUUCAUUUUCCAGGAGCAGCUUGGAUACAUUAAAUAAAACAUAUGGGAGCCUGAGAAGAAAUAUUUUGUUCUCCAUUUCAUCCUUUUGUAUGAGCCAUUGCACAAAAGUCUACAACUGUUUCAACUUUGAUGUAUUUUUAUGGAGACUACAUUUUUCUGAUAAUAGUCACAAAUGUGUCAUAUAGAAUAGACAGACAGGCAGACAGACAGACAGACAGACAGGCAGGCAGGCAGACAGACAGACAGACAGACAGACAGACAGACAGACAGACAGACAGACAGACAGACAGACACAUUACGCCAUUCGGUAAACUUACUGAAUGAAAUUCUGAAAGAGUGAUGGACAAAAACACAAGAUAAAAGUACAGGAAAUUAAAAACACAGUGAGUGCUUAUGAAAUACAAAAACGAAAAAAAUAAUUACGAAUACAAACUUGCAUGAUGAAAAUGACUAUAAAGCAGAAAGGUUUAACAUAUAUGUAAAUAUUGACAGAUAUUUGUAAGUACAGGAACUUUUUCAAAUGCAGAGAAGAUCGUAUCUGUAAACUAGACAUUUAAAAUGUAUAAGGUUUUUAAAGUGUUUUUAGAUUUCUUGGUAUUUGUGUGUGGCUCAGAAUUUGCAUUAGCCACUGCCUAAAAAUUAUUUAAAAAUCUUUGCGCAUACUUAUAAAUAUUGCUUCAUCAUUUGCUGGUCAUGUAAAGAGACAUCUGUGACUAUUUAGAGAUGAAUUCCUUUCAUUUUCCAUUGAAUUAUCAAGCCGCUCUUUUGCUGUGGAGGAAAAAUCACCUCACGUUGUCUGUGUAAUGGAUGUGAUUAGGUUUUAGUGAUUAGGUUUUAGUAAUUAGGUUUUGGUGAUUAGGUUGAAGUGUCACUUUGCAAGUGACACUCUUCUUUAACAGUGUUUUCUGAAUAUAUAUUGUGGCAAGUACGCUGGAGAUAUCCAAGUCAAAUAUAUGAUUUAGUUCUAUUAAAAUGAUGCUUCAUGAUGCUCUGAUCAAGGGUUCAUUUUAAUAAUUACCUUAUGUGAACAUUUCUUGUGGCGUGUUACUCAAUGUUACUCUUGGAUUUACUCUAUAAAUUGGUCCCCAGAAUGACUUGUCUACCUAAAGUAUUCCUUUAAAAACUUUUAAGACACUGCAUUUUAAUUUAUUGUUGUUUUGGUUUUUUUUUAAUCUUUUUUUUUGCUUUUUUGCUUUUUUUAAAUCUGCCAUACAUUUCUUUUUUAUUUGCAAUUAAUAAUGAAUGUGCCUGAAACUGAAUUGUGCUCCUUAAUCCUUUUGAUCCUUUUGUUAUCACAGUACUGUUCCUGCAUGCGUGCCUGCGUACGUGCGUGCGUUUUGUUGUUGUUGGGGGUUGUUUUUUUUUCCAAUCUACUUUUAUGUGCUUCUAUUAUUUUAAACAGACUAGUUAGUUCACUGAAACAGGAAUAUAUUAGUGUGACUAUUUUUAUUAUGGGAUUUUCUUGGUGUAUAAGUGCUGCUGAAUGACAUAUAUCCUUUCAGUGUUGGGUUGACAUAGCUGCUCAUGUCUUCAGCAGAGUAGUGGAGACCACUGGAAUGUUAAUUCACUUACUUUUUCAGCAUCUUUAAGGAUGCACAAUUUUUCUAAUAUAAGAAACCUAAAUGCUAACCUAAUACUCCUCCACCCAUCAUAAAGCAUUAUUCUUAAAGCACACCUUGCUUCAUUAGGUUGCAUUUUGUUUUUCUUACUGUUUCAUUACAGCUACAGCCACAGUGUUUUUAUGAAUUGUAUUUCUAGCAUAUAGUGCAUUAUCAAUGUUUAUGUAUAUAGAUGCACAUUAAAAAAAU